UCUAUACAUAUAAUUAUUUUUUUGACUAAAUCAAAGUAUUAGAAAUGGCAAAUAAUAAUAUUGAAGGUUUAGAUGGUAUUCAAAGAAACAAGGAAAAAGGUCACGGUAUAAGGGUUCCUGAGUUGAUACUACGGGUCUUGGCUUUGAUACUAACACUUAUAGCAGCCAUUUUGUUAGGGGUGAACAAGCAAACUAAGAUUGUUCCUAUUAAAAUUUCGCCGGAUCUUCCAGCCUUUAACGUUCCCGUCAGCGCUAAAUCCAGCUACGCUUCUGCCUUCGUGUACUCAGUCGUGGCUAAUUCUAUAGCAUGUGCACUUGCGGCGAUAUCAAUAGGUCUUACAUUCAUAAGUAUGAAAGGAGGAAGAGGAUUUAUGCGUUUGAUUAUAAUUAUUGUAGAUUUGAUCUUGGUAGCCUUGUUGUUUUCGAGCAUUGGAGCAGCAGGUGCUGUCGGCCUCUUAGGUUAUAAUGGCAACUCUCAUUUACGAUGGAACAAAGUUUGCAAUGUGUAUGGAAAAUUUUGCCACCAAGUUAUGGCUUCUCUUGCCCUCUCUCUUUUAGGGGCAAUAUCAUUUCUUUUGCUGGUGACUCUUGCCAUUUCAAAACUCCAUAAAAAUGCUUAAAAUCAGGAAGCUCAUCAAAUCUUCAUGAGAGUUGUCUACUUUACACUAACAAAAGGGUGUAGAGUUCCUUGAAAAGUGUGGAAAGUUAGGUAUUCUAAAUUCUAUUUUGUAUGAUAAUCUUUUUAUGUUUUCAUUGAUACAUGUUUUAUAAAUCAGCUGUUAUGUUGAAAGA